CGACCAUAGCACGAGCGGUUUGCUGAUAUUGACAUCACCAAAAAUAUAUCAGAUAAAAGUUACAUUUUGUUUCUAGGCCUUCAGUCUGAAGAGGGAGCGGUCCAAGACUUGUGAGACGUAGAGUAUACAGUGCGACAUACUUCCUUCGAGAACAUGGCUAAGCUCUUGGCAAUCAGUGCCCUACUUCUUUGUUUUUCUGCAGCGUUUGGACGCAAGUGCUACACCUGCGUUAGUACAGUGAGUCUUGAUGACUGCAACAACAAGAAAACGGAAAUGACCUGUCCUUCGGGAUACGAUCGCUGCGGUACACUCUCCGUAGAGUUUAACGUUUUAAAUGUGGAAUCUAAAAGUUUUACCAGAGUCUGUUCUAGCCAGGCGGAGUGUGACGACGCCAGCGCAAAGUUAAAAAAUUGCAAGCAAGCUAACGGCACAUGUUCUUUUGAAUGUUGCGAUUCCGACCUCUGCAGCGGUAGUAGCGGCAGUGCAGUACCAGUGGUCAGCACCUUGCUGAUGUUGGCAUGCGCCUUUGUCAAGUUCUUUGGUUGAGUGGAAAGAACGAAAGUCUCCAGUGUUCGCAGCAAACAGAAACCAAGUCUUGUACUGACUUGGAAUGAGACGUUAAAUAAAGUGCAAAUGUAAUGUAACACAUGCAUAAGUUAAUUGAGUUUGUAAUCUGCUGCAUUAAAACCACUUGAAUAGUG